AUGUUGCGUCGUGUUCGGUGUUUGCGGGCCCCUGUUUUUUGUCGCAUCGUCGAUAUUAUGCGGCAAAACGAGCCGUACGCGCGGCCGGGGAUUCUGUACCCUAUCCGUGUGGAGCUGGGGGCGAAGGUGGAGAAGUGUACGCCGCGUGAGCUGCAAGACAUGAUAGACAGUAUGCUUGCCCGCUCCCAGCGCUUCGCAACGGUCAAGACGGGAAUGGUGUACAACACUGAUCAAUCGGUGGCGACGGAGAUCAAGGCGUAUGGGCGUUACGUCAUCACAGGCAACAUGCGUGGGGGGUACAUUAAGGGCGAUCACCGCUUUGGCCCGCGUUUGACGGGUUACGGGGGCGCCACGACGAAGCCGGGGCUGCGAUGGAACGGAGACGACUUGUGA